AUGGUCGCCGCGGGAGGCAGCCACACGGUGCUGCUCAGGAGCGACGGCACGGCCGUGGCCUGCGGCUGGAAUAGCUACGGCGAGUGUAACGUGCCGGCGCUGGACGGAGGCCUGAGCUACACGCAGGUCGCCGCGGGAUACAGCCACACGGUGCUGCUCAGGAGCGACGGCACGGCCGUGGCCUUCGGCGCGAAUGACCGCGGACAGUGCAACGUGCCGGCGCUGGACGGUGGCCUGAGCUACACGCAGGUCGCCGCGGGAUACCUCCACACGGUGUUGCUCAGGAGCGACGGCACGGCCGUGGCCUGCGGCUCGAAUCGCGCCGGCUCGAAUCGCGGCCAGUGCAACGUGCCGGCGCUGGACGGUGGCCUGAGCUACACGCAGGUCGCCGCGGGAGGCAGCCACACGGUGCUGCUCAGGAGCGACGGCACGGCCGUGGCCUGCGGCUGGAAUCGCUACGGCGAGUGUAACGUGCCGGCGCUGGACGGUGGCCUGAGCUACUCGCAGGUCGCCGCGGGAGGCAGCCACACGGUGCUGCUCAGGAGCGACGGCACGGCCGUGGCCUUCGGCCCGAAUGUCUUCGACCAGUGCACGUGCCGGGUCGCCGCGGGAGACAGCCACACGGUGGCUGCUCAGGAGGCGACGGGCACGGCCGCAAUGGGCGUGGGUACGCGAAAUUGCUACGAACAGUGCAACGUGCCGGCGGGCUGGACGUGCCACGUGCCGGCGCUGGACGGAGCGCUGACGUACACCGCGCGCGUGCUCGUCGGCGCGACGCUGCUCCUGCAGGCGUCGCUCGACGGCGGCGCGCGCUGCCGGGUGCGGGUGGCGCCCGGUGCGCCGCUCGCUGGCGUGCGCGACUGGCUGGCGGGCGAGCUGGGCGCGGGCAGGCUGGGCCCCGGGCUCGGCGGACGGCUCCUGAGCGGGGCCUCGGCGGGCGAGACCGUCGCGGACGCCUUCGGGUUGUAG